GAAGAAAAAGAGGUCCUUUUCUGCUUCCCCACACUUCACCUUUUUUUGCAUGUGCAAACUGAAAAUUUAUUAGGCUCUAAAUUUGGAAUAUAAUUGUCAAUUGAAUUCCAUAUACUCAAUUUACUCAUAGUCAUACCACUCUUAAGAAGCAAGAAAACCCAUCAAAAUUCUCAAAAUUCAGCAACUUCUUUGACUACUAGGUAAGCCGUUUCAGUAACUUCGUAGCCAUUUUCACACCCAUUUUUUUUCUCUUCCUCUGCCCUUCUAUGUUUCUACAAUUGCUCUCCAAUGCGUAGAACUGGAAUUUAAGGAGAUCUCUUGACAUGGAUGAGGGAAGAUCUUCUGAUUCUUUGGCAGCCCGUGUUCCCAACUUUUACGCUAGUGAUCUCAGCCCUUGGAAUGGCGUGGUAACAUAUGAUGCUUGUGUAAGAUUGUGCCUCCGCUCAUGGGCCAAGGGUUGUAAAGAGGCUUCUUUCUUCUUAAAUAAUGAAUGUGCUGCUCUACGUGAUGCAUUUAGUUUGCGGCAUGUUCUUCUCCAGUCAGAGGAGGAGAUCAUGUCACGAAGAACUUCAGAGCUAGUCAGUGGAGCAGCUGCAUCUAAACCAAAGAAAACAUUAGGAAAACUUAAAGUUCAAGUGCGAAAAGUGAAGAUGUCAUUGGAUCCGCCUUCUGGCUGUGUAAUACCACAGAUGUCCAAGUGGGACCUUGAAAAAUUCCAAUCUCAUGUCUCCAAUGUAAAAAUAAAACUUGCAAUGAAAUGGGAUGCUAUACAAAGAGUCCAAGUAGUACGUCACAUACCAAAAAGUGGUUCUCUUUCUAGCAAGAGUUUGGCAUAUGUGCAUGUUGGUGCUCAAUAUAUGAAGGAAAUUGCUGGUGUUUUGAAAACUGGAUUGGCUUCUUCACAAGAAACAUCAUCCCCAGUUAUACAAGAAACAUACUCUUGUUCGGUGCGACUAAAAAGCUCUUCUGUUGAAGAUGCCGUUCGAAUGCAGCCAGGAGCUGGUGAAACUCAUAUUUUUUUUCCAGAGAGUCAUAUUGAUGAUCUGAAUAUUAUGAUCUUUGACUCGAAAGGCAACAAUUGUGGAUGUGUUGUGGCUCAAAUUGCAUUGAUUAUGGAUUCCAAUAAUGACAAGAUCCGCUGGUGGUCAAUAUAUCAUGAGUCUGACCACGAACCAAUUGGCAAAGUACAAUUAUACUUGAACUACUCCACGACCCUAGAUGAUAGUAGCCAUCUAAAGUGUGGUAUUGUUGCAGAAACCGUAGCUUAUGAUCUUGUGUUGGAGACUGCAAUGAAAGCUCAAAAUUUUCGGCAAAGGAACUUGUUGUUGCAUAGUCAGUGGAAGUGGCUUGUGACUGAAUUUGUGUCUUUUUAUGGUGUAUCUGAUGCAUAUACCAAGCUGAGAUAUCUUUCAUAUGUCAUGGAUGUUGCUACACCAACUGCCGAUUGUUUGCUUUUAAUUCAUGACCUGCUAUCUCCUGUAAUUUCGAAAGGCAGUACCUUAAGUCACCAAGAGAAACGCAUCUCCGGUGAGAUGUGUAAUAAAGUUGAAGAAAUUCUUGCUCUGGUUUUUGAAAAUUACAAGUCUUUAGACGAGUCUUCCCUCUCAGGGUUGGCUGAUGUUUCCAAUUCAGCAACAGGACUUGUUGCUCCUGCUAUUGCCCCGGCUAUUAAACUUUACGGUAUCCAACAUGAUUUGCAAUCCCCAGAAGUCAGACUAAAAUUUUGCAAAUUCUUUCAGGUUGCCGCAAAGAAAAGAUCAAAAAGACAUUUGGGAGAAGUAGAUGAACUUGUCUUCAGCAAUGAUUGCUCAUCAAUGGAUAACGUUUCAUCCGCAACUGCCUAUCAAAAAAUGAAAUCUCUUUGUUUGACCGUGAAAAACGAAAUUUGUACGGACAUAGAGAUCAACAAACAAAACAUUCUUCCCAGCUUCUUGGACCUUCCCAACCUCACUUCGUCGAUAUAUAGUGCAGAGCUCUCCACCAGGUUGUGUGCCUUUCUUAAAGCUUGUGCUCCUGCCGAACCCUCGUCUCCUGUCACUGAACUCAUUAUAACUGUAGCUGAUUUUGAAAGAGAUCUUGCUCUGUGGAACAUAAACUCUGUCAAGGGUGGAGUUGAUGCAAAGGUGUUAUUUGGCUCCUAUAUAACCAACUGGAUAAGGGAAAAGCAUGUAGCUUUACUUGACUUCUCCCGAGUUAGCUUGGUGAAGGUCUCUGAUAUCCACGCUUCAAAAUUGACAUGUCCGUCAGUAGAUGAUGUAUAUGAUCAGUUAAGGCAGACAUUAAGCGAAUAUGAAAUUAUUGUUCGUCGUUGGCCAGAAUAUGCCGUUGUCUUGGAGAGUGUGAUGGCAGAUGUCCAGAAUGCUGUAGUGGAGGCCCUAGAGAAACAGUAUGCUGAUGUUUUGUCACCAUUGAAGGACAAUCUUACAAAUCUGGGCCUUAAAUACGUUCAAAAAUUUGCUAAAAGAACUGACGGAUUUUAUUUGGUACCUGAAGAGCUGGGAAUUUUUUUGAAUUCUAUGAGAAGAAUGCUUGACGUGCUGCUUCCGAAUAUUGAAGCCCAGCUGAAGUCAUGUAGUGCUUACACCAAUGAUGCUGGAAAUCUUGUUCCGGGAGAGCGACUUACUGAGGUUGCAAUUAUGCUCCGAACAAAGUUCAGAAAUUACAUUCAAGCUGUUUUUGAGAAGCUCAUGGAGAAUACACGACUUCAAAAUUCAACGAAAUGGAAGAAAAUAAUACAAGACUUUAAAGAUACUUCUGUGGAGUCGGAUGUUCAAAGCCGAAUGGAGCCUCUAAAAGAUUUAAUGACUAAAACUAUGGAUCAUCUCCACUCGAUACUCGAAAACUCCGUAUUCAUAGCUGUUUGUCGAGGUUUCUGGGAUAAGAUGGGACAGGAGGUUCUAAACUGCUUGCAGAAUAACAAAGAAAAGAGGCCCUGGUAUAAGGGACUGCGUAUUGCUCUCCAUGUUUUAGAUGAAACAUUUAGUUCACAAAUACAACAAUUGCUGAGUUAUCGUGUUCAAGAAAAGGAUCUAGAGCCGCCAAGGUCGAUACUCGAAGCGCAUUCCAUGCUUCAGUAGUAAUUCCGUAAGCAGCAAAGAGAUGACGUCUAUUACAUACUAUAUUUUCUCUUCUUAUUUCGACUUUUGGUAGCGUGGCGACAUUUAUUCUGCCACGAAGCUGUGCUAGCUCCAAUCCAAAGUCGCGAUGUAUAUCUACGAAAUUUCUCCAUCAACAAAAAAAUCUUCCAAAUUUUGCUGAUUUAUGUAUAUAGGUUUAUAGGUUUUGCCCUUAAUUGGGGAAGGGGUUAAAACUUAAAGUAACACCAUUUUUCUUUGUCAUUUUUCCCAUUCAUGUUUUAUUCAAUUCAUAUUAUAUA